CUUCCUGGAGACGCAGCGCAGGCGCGGAGGCGCAGGCCAUGGGGGGCCAGGAGGUGCUGGGCCAGGCGGCCCGCCUGGCUUCCUCGGGUCUGCUCCUGCAGGUAUUAUUUCGAUUGAUUACCUUUGUCUUGAAUGCAUUUAUACUUCGCUUCCUGUCGAAGGAAAUCGUUGGCAUAGUGAAUGUGAGGCUAACGCUGCUUUACUCAACCAGUGUUUUCCUGGCCCGAGAGGCCUUCCGCAGAGCAUGCUUGAGUGGGGGUGCCCAGCGAGACUGGAGGAAAACCCUCAACCUCCUAUGGCUGACAGUCCCCUUGGGUGUGUUUUGGUCCUUGUUCCUGGGCUGGAUCUGGCUACAGUGGCUCGAAGUACCUGAUCCAAAUACUGUUCCCCACUAUGGAACCGGAGUGGUGGUCUUUGGUCUCUCAGCCGUGGUGGAACUUCUGGGAGAGCCCUUCUGGGUCUUGGCGCAAGCACACAUGUUUGUCAAACUGAAGGUGAUUGCUGAUAGCCUGUCUGUCAUCCUCAAGAGUGUCCUGACUGCUCUUCUUGUGCUCUGGCUGCCUCACUGGGGACUGUACAUCUUCUCUCUGGCCCAGCUUUUCUACACCUCUGUUCUGGUGCUGUGCUAUGUCCUCUAUUUCACAAACUUACUGGGUUCCCCAGAAUCAAGCAGACAUUUUCUUCCAGUCUCCAGAAUGACCGACCUGUUACCCAGCAUUACGAGAAGUAGGAGCUUUUAUAACUGGAAAGAGGCUAAAUUGACAUGGAGUUUUUUCAAACAGUCUUUCUUGAAACAGAUUUUGACAGAAGGUGAGCGAUACGUGAUGACAUUUUUGAAUGUGUUAAAUUUUGGUGAUCAAGGUGUCUAUGACAUAGUGAAUAAUCUUGGCUCUCUGGUGGCCAGAAUAGUUUUCCAGCCAAUAGAAGAGAGUUUUUAUAUAUUCUUUGCCAAGGUGCUGGAGAGAGAAAAGGAGGCCACAAUGCAGAAGCAGGAGGACAUCGCUGUGGCCGCUGUGGUUUUGGAAUCCCUGCUCAAGCUGGCCCUCCUGACUGGCCUGUCCAUCACCGUGUUUGGCUUUUCAUAUUCGCAGCUGGCUCUGGAUAUCUACGGAGGCCCCAUGCUUAGCUCAGGAUCAGGUCCUGCUUUGCUGCGCACCUACUCUUUCUAUGUCCUGCUCCUUGCCAUCAACGGAGUGACCGAGUGCUUCACAUUUGCUGCCAUGAGCAAGGAGGAGGUUGACAGGUACAAUUUCAGCAUGCUGGCCCUGUCAUGUGCCUUCCUGGCGGUGGCCUACGUCCUGACCCGUUGGUGCGGCAGCGUGGGCUUCAUCUUGGCCAACUGCUUCAACAUGGCCAUUCGGAUCUCACAGAGUCUGCGAUUCAUCCAUCACUACUACCACAAGAGCCCCCACAGGCCCCUGGCCAGCCUGAGGCUCUCGCCAGCCCUGCUGGGCGCCUUCCUCCUCAGCGGCGGCAUCACCCGAGUGUCAGAGAUGUAUCUCUGCUGCAACUACGGCUGGCUGGCCCGGCUGGCACAUGUCGCCGUGGGGACUUUGUGUUUGGCCGCCACUCUGGGGAUCGUCUUCCUCACAGAGUCAAAGCUGAUUCACUUUCUCCGGACUCAGUUAGGGGCGUCCAGACUCACCGGCAAAUGGACAUGAGCACCUUGACACCAGACCAGCUGCAGGGAAAGGGUUCGAGGGAAGAACAUGCUUACUGUGGAGAGAGCAACCAGGGCUCCUCAACAUCAAGAGACCAGCCCAGGGAGCAAACACUCUUGGCCACGGGCAGUCUUGGGCGCAGAGGAGGUCUCGCGUGUC